AUGAAUCCAUUGGUGGUCCUGGUGCUCUGUCUCUCCUGUUUGCUUCUCCUUUCAGUAUGGAGACAGAGCUCUGGGAAAGGGAAGCUCCCACCUGGCCCCACUCCUCUCCCAAUUAUUGGAAAUAUCCUACAGAUAGAUGUUAAGAACAUCGCCAAAUCUUUAAGCAAUUUCUCAAAAAUCCAUGGCCCUGUGUUCACUGUUUAUUUUGGCAUGAAGCCCACGGUUGUGUUGCAUGGAUAUGAAGCAGUGAAGGAAGCCCUGAUUAAUAUGGGAGAGGAGUUUUCUGGAAGAGGCAGUUUCCCAGUGAUGGACAAAUUUAAUAAAGGACAUGGAAUCAUUUUCAGCAAUGGAAAGAGAUGGAAAGAGACCCGGCGUUUCUCACUCAUGACCCUGCGGAAUUUUGGGAUGGGAAAGAGGACCAUUGAGGAAUGUAUUCAAGAGGAAGCCCGCUGCCUUGUGGAGGAGCUGAGAAAAACCAAUGCCUCACCCUGUGAUCCCACUUUUUUUCUGGGCUGUGCUACUUGCAAUGUGAUCUGCUCCAUUGUGCUCCAGAAUCGUUUUGAUUAUAAAGAUCAGAAUUUUCUAAACUUGAUGGAAAAAAUCAGUGAAAAUCACAGGUAUCUGAGCUCUCCAUGGAUGCAGAUCUGCAAUAAUUUCCCUUUUCUCAUCAAUUAUUUCCCGUGGAUUACAAACAAAUUCUUUAAAAAUUUGGUGUAUAUGAAAAAUUAUAUUUUGGAGAAAGUAAAAGAACACCAAGAAUCACUCGAUGUUCACAAUCCUCGGGACUUCAUUGAUUGUUUCCUGACCAAGAUGGAGCAGGAAAAGCACAAACAGCAUUUGGAGUUUACCUUUGAAAACGUGGUAAUUACUGCACUUGAUUUGUUUGGAGCUGGCACAGAGACCACAAGCACCACCCUGAGAUAUGGACUCCUGCUCCUGCUGAAGCACCCAGAGGUCACAGCUAAAAUCCAGGAAGAGAUUGAACGAGUGAUUGGCAGACACCGGAGACCCUGCAUGCAGGACAGGAGUGACAUGCCCUACACAGAUGCUGUGGUGCAUGAGAUCCAGAGAUACAUUGACCUUAUCCCCAUCAACGUUCCCCAUGGGGUGACCUGUGACAUUAAAUUCAGAAACUACAUCAUCCCUAAGGUAAGCUUCUUUCUCCUAUAUUCCAACUCAGUGCUCUUGAAAUUCCCAAGUGCACAGUGUGAUUCCACACCUCUAUCCACAUGA